AUGAGUGGAACAGGCUUCGACACCAGCUUCCCGCACUUCUCCCAAGAUCCCGUCGCCGACGCAUCCUGCAACGCCCCGGUUCUUUCUCAGGCAUUCCGUUCCACCGACCUCAAGGCCACUUCCGAGUGCGUCGCUCCGUACAACUACAUCGAUCCUGCUAAGGCUCUCGGAUCUCAGUCCGUGGCUUCUUUUGGACAGAGCAUCAUCAGCCCGACACAGAAUCUCCGUUCGGCCCCAGCUGACACCCAAUAUUCCUCAUGCGAUGAAGACGCAGAAGGCGAGCCUGACGAGAGCUAUACCGCAGAGCUAUCGUUCUGGUCGACCGAAUUGGGCGACGCAAGCGGAUCCACGGCGACAACUUUUGCUCCUGCUGAAGCAUCGUUUCCUUUCGUCGAAAGCUGCUCCGCUCUAGGUGGAGGGAUGCUGGAAAGGACGGCGAAGCACGGCGACACACCGAUCGAGCUCGACUUGCCCUGCGAGGCAGACGCGACCGCUGAAUCCUCGAGAUACGCGCCCGCUGAACUUCAGCCUAUGGCCGCUAGCACCAGCGUGGCGGAUAAAAGGUCGUCGGGCAAGAAGCGUAGAAGGAGCAGCCCGAAGAGGCUGACGGACUACUGCACCUCGAACAAAGCGAGUCUCUACUCGGCACCGGCGAAGAACAAAGCUGCCAGAAGCCAGACAGCCGCUUCGUCUUCUAAGGCUGCAGCGAACACUCGAGUUGCGGACGUCAGCGAACGACAGUCGCCUGCGAUGGCGUCGGACAGUCCUGGGUCCGGCGCGAGUGGUGUAUCGUCGCCGUCUACGCCCUCGGGAAAGUUCAAGCUGCGAAAGAAGGACGAAGUGCCUCGACGCAGUCUGGCAGCCCUGCUCACGCCUCCUCGAGAGAGGCGCGCUGGAUUCUUCGAAGACGCUUCUCAAGACGCACGGGAUUGGCGAAAAGCAGUCACUCCAGAGCCCCCGCUGGAACUCGCUGACAAGAACGGGAUUGCUGCGGGAGAAUCAGCAGGUCUGGCUCACAAGUCGGAAGCGGACGAGAUGCCAGAGAUGGUGUUUGCCGACCUGGAAGAGACUGAGGAUGUCAAGCCGGCAACGUUUGUCGACAAGGGUCAGCGAGUUUUACCUGCAGGCUGGGAGAUUCAUUCGGGAUUUCCAUUGCUGUACCAGCGGUAUUUGGUCCCCUCUUCCGUCAGUCCCGAGGUGUUAGAGAUGCUCGUGCGAGGUCUUGGAGAUGCCGACUAUGACGAUGAACUGCGCGAUACGGUCGAUCGAGCGCAGAGCGUGCACGGCGCCUUCAACAAGCCACGAUCGAUCUUGGAUCUGUACACGCCUCGCUUUGUCAAAGGCGUGGGCGUGGACAAAGUCGGCAUGUGCCCAGUUUGCUACGAGGAAGGCCAGGUGCGAUUCUUCAAGACCAAGUUUUCAGCUUACAAUUACCACUUGCAGAACUUUCACGGCGUGUCUGCGCUGACGGGGUUGCCGUUUACGCCGCCUGCCGAGUUCCGGGUUCGGGCGCAGCCGCAUGCGAAGCCCAAGGAGCGCAAGCAGCUGAUCCAGGGCCACUGCCACGGCUGCGAGCUGUGGAUUGAUAUGCAGGGUCCCAAGCAGACCGACCUCAAGGUCGCCGAGAUCUACUGGUGGAAGCAUGCGCAGUCGUGCCAUCGAAAGGCAUGCACGCCCGACGGAAUCGCCGGGUACUUUGUCGAGAACCAGUGGUUUCACAGAGUCCAUGCCGUGCUCGAGAUGAUCGGUGGCUACGACAGCGAGAUCAACAAGCUCCUUGCUGGACCCAAGUGA